UGGUGUUGUGUAGCACCUCUUUGGCUUAGACUGUCCUCAACACAUCAUCAUCUACUACGCUUUCUCGCAAGUCCGUAACGGACUUUUCGGUCUUAUUUGCCACAUAUUACGGGAAGGUCACAGUUUGGCAAUCACUCGAGGCACGUUCUCGGUCAGUGUUGUCGACUAUUUCUUCACGUGGUUAGGGAUUAGCAGGUCGACACCGACGUCGAUUCCUAUAUCAGAUAUGUCACAGACUAGGUCAUGGCGGCCCCUUCCGCUUGGUUCUUCCCCUGACUUCCCGGUUUUAUUGGUGUCCUUCCAUACAGACACAUCGGCCUACACUAUUCAUGUAACUGAUAUGGCCAAUAUGUGGUCUGAAACACUAGAUCGUAAGGCGAUCUUUAUGAGAGGUUGGAACGAGAACACUAGUAUCGACCCUAGUGAUACGCCUGACAACAUGGCCAAAUUCUUGAGCUGCCUCAAUACUGCUUUGGAUGCUUCUCAUCCAGGACACAAUGAGGCGAGCAUUCGUCUAGGUCGCGAUUCCCGGUCCGAUGCAGGCGAUCAUGACCUCGUCUUGAAUAUCAACUAUGAAAUACCUGGAUUACAGCCGCUGAAGUGGCCCAUGUACUUGAAGAAGCUGCCGCCCUCCAGCAUUGCAACACAUCUCGUGUUGCCUUUAAUCCAGGCACAUCACGCAAAGGAUCUUGAAAUCGAAUUCCUGACUCGAUCUCUGGGGAACAAGGACGCAGUUAUCAACAAGCUCCUGGACAAGUUAGAAGCCGUGGGGACAGGUAUGGAGCAUGUCUUUAAUGCUCUAUCGGGAAAGAAGAAGAUCUCUAGAGCUGCGGCUGCUGAGAAAGUGCCUGGUCUUGCCCCUUUCGACCACCGGCGUUGGAAGUCUGGCCUUGCGUAUGAAGAGAACUGCCCUAACGACGCUGAGUCCUUGGUACAAUGCGUAUUCGAGAAGGGAGGACUACAAUUUGAGCCUAUAACUGACAGCGUUGAGUCCCCUCGGUUGGACCAGUGGUGGCAAGAUUUCAAGGACGCAUCCUCCGUCGCACAUCCACCUCAGUACAAAGCGGCUGCUGCGAAGGACAAGUCACCGACUCCACAAGACUCCGAAAAAGCACGUAUUGAGGAAGACGAUGAUGACUUCCAAGUUCAGUCUACACCCCCACGCCUUGUGGCUCAGGGCAAAUCAACGACGCAUGCGAAGGAAACACCAGUUGCCGAUGAUGCGUCUACAGAGGGAGAAUCGUUGGCUUCGGCAGGCAGUGUAUCACCAGGUACUGGCACACGCAAAGCGGACAAACCUGUUCGUCGAUUAGGAGCACUCGGUGGAAAGAAGCAGUCAACUCCACCUCUUUCCCCCAGCCCUGUAAAGUCACAGGCUCAGAAAAAGCCAUUGAGUCAACAACGCGAUGAUUCGGAGACGGCAUCCGAGUCAGAGGAUGAUGAUAAACCAGCUACUGUUGAAGUUGAGGAUCUAGCCUCUUCAUCUUCAUCACCACCACGGCCAGCGGCAAAUAGAAGCGGCCUUGGACGUAUAGGAGGCAACAAGCCGAAGCGGCCUGUUGAAGAAAAGCAAGUAGCUCUUGAUCCUGAAGCGGCCGAACCUAGCACGACAGCAGUUUCUCAUCGUCAUCCCAAGAAGUUAGGUGUUAUUGGGAAGCACAAGGACAACAAGGAUGAAGUAACGAAGACAACGGACGAAGAUAAUCGAGGGGGUCGAGCAGGAACAAAGGAAGCCAUGGCAGAGUCCCGACGUAGAGAAACCUCACAGGAACGGGCGGACCGAAGGCGAGAGGAACUCAAAAAGGAGCUUGAAAAGAAAGCUGCUGCUGGUCCCGCUAAGAAGAAACGAAGAUUUUAAUCUCAUAUUCCCUACUUUUGAAGUAACAAGGCUAGCCGCCUGGCGAUUUACUGUUAACAUCUCCCGGUGCGAUGCAUAUGGACAAUUCGAUGUCAACUCUGGCAACUAAUAAUGCCUCCUCGAAGAAUACACGAUCAUUGAUAAAUUGACAAUACGAUCUUCCCAAUAUGAAUGAGC